UUGGCGGCGGGCGGCAUGGAGGCGAUGAUCACGAUGAACAAGGCCAAGGCCAAGGGGAAGAGGCGGCGGGAGGCGGACGCCGAGCCCGAGGCCCCGCAGCCUGAGCCUGAGCCGCAGCCGGCGGCCCCGGAGCCCCAGUUCCCGCCCAACUUCAACGUGUCCGAGAUCAAGAACAAGCAGCGGCGACAACUGAUGUAUCAGAGGUGGAGGCGGCUCCAGCGCAAGGAACAACUGGCGUCCAAAAAGAAGCGGCAGAAGGAGAGAGUGGCGCUUGGAGACAAGGCUCCGCCAAAAGCAGUCCCGAAGACGAUCGAGAACCAGCGGGUUUACGAUGAAACAGUGGUGGAUCCAAACGACGAGGAGGUGGCUUUCGAUGAAGCGACUGAUGAGUUUUCGUCCUACUUCAGUCGAGAGACGACCCCUAUGAUUCUCAUCACCACGUCUGAUAGACCUCGAGGGAAAACAGUGAGGCUGUGUGAGCAGAUGUCAAAGGUGAUCCCAAAUUCACACGUGUACUACCGCAGAGGCCUGGCUCUGAAGAAGAUCAUUCCACAGUGCAUGGCCAGAGGUUUCACCGACCUGCUUGUCAUCAAUGAAAAUCGGAAAGUACCAAAUGGAUUAAUAGUUAGCCAUCUUCCCAAUGGACCUACAGCGCAUUUCAAGAUGUCUAAUGCCCGCCUGGCCAAAGAACUUAAGAGGAGAGGGAAGGAGCCGACAAAACAUUCUCCGGAGGUGAUCCUUAAUAACUUCUCCACUCGGCUGGGCCACAGCAUUGGCAGAAUGUUUGCCUCACUGUUCCCCUACAAUCCCCACUUCCUGGGGCGGCAGGUGGCGACUUUCCACAACCAGCGGGACUACAUCUUCUUCCGAUUCCACAGGUAUAUAUUUCGGAAUGAAAAGAAAGUUGGUCUUCAGGAGCUUGGGCCUCGUUUCACUCUGAAACUUCGAUCUUUGCAGAAAGGGACAUUUGAUUCAAAGUACGGAGAAUAUGAAUGGGUCCACAAGCGUCACGAGAUGGACUCAAGCCGUAGGAAGUUCCAUCUGUAGGGUGGAACACAUUGGGACGGGACACUGCCGUGAGACAGCAACCGUUGUCACAUCUUUGUGUAUUGUUGCACAGCCUGAAGACCAACAAAACAGUCCUCACCGUCUCCGUACAGAGCCGGGGCUGAAAGAAUGUGUCACGAAUGUUAGAUUGCUGAAAUUAUCUUCUCAAAACUGGAUGUUUCUUUCUGGAGUGUACUCGCUGUCCGAAGGUAAAGGGUACUUGAGCAAGAAACAAAGUUCUGGAGGAACUCAGCAUGUCAGGCAGCAUCUGCGGAGGGAAAUCUGUGGACGGGUGACGUUUUGGUCGGGACCCUUCUUCAGGCUGGCAAAGGGUCCCAAUCUGAAGCGUCAUCUGUCCAGCUCAGGUUAGUUUAUUGUCACGUGUACCAAGUUACAGUGAGAAGCUUUUUGUUGCGUGCUAACCAGCCAGCAGAAAGACCAUUCCCUCAAUAGAUGCUGCCUGACUCGCUGAGUUCCUCCAGCACUUUGUUUUUUACUCAAGAUUCCAGCAUCUGCAGUCUCUUGUGUCUCCCCAUAAAGGAUACCUUAUAAAUACUGUUUGUAAAAGGAUUAUAGUUUUGUCAAUUAAAUCAUUCAUUUAAAUGUGCCCA